CUCGGGACAGGGGUUCAAAUCCCACCGUGGCAGUUAGUGGAAUUUUUAAAUUAAUUAAUGGGAUUUAUUCAAUGAUUAAAAGGGGGACAUCUGGAAUGUUAGGUCAGUAAUAGUGACCAUGGCAGCGAUUAUCAAUUGUUACAAAAAUCCCAGUGGUUCUCUGACUGGUAUUUGUCCUCCUUACCUGGUCUCCAUGUGAUUUCAGACCCACAGCAAUGUGUUGCCCUCAGUUCAAGGGCAAUUCGGGAUAGGCAAUCAGUGACAAUCACAUCCGAGGGAAAAAAUAAAGAAAAACACUUCAGACCGUGGAUAUUAGAAGAGCAGGAGACGGAAUUGGAGUGGAGACAGAAAAUUCAAACCAAGCAUCAUAUCAGGAUCUGACGCCAAGUUCGCUGUAACCUGAAUAUCAUUGGAUUUUGAACAUGGAAGCAAAAAGCACCAUUCACAGUGGACAGAAACCGUACAUGUGUUCUGUGUGUGGACGAGGAUUCAGCAAAUCAUCUGGCCUGUUGAAACACAAAUGUAGUCUCACCGGGGAUAAACCGUGGAAAUGUGGGGACUGUGGGAAGGGAUUCAGAUACCGGUCUGAGCUGGAAACUCAUCGGCGCAAUCACACUGGAGAGAGGCCUUUCAUCUGCUCUGAGUGUGGGAAGGGAUUCACUACUUCAGCCAUCCUGCUGACACACCAGCGAGUUCACACUGGGGAGAGACCAUUCAUCUGUUCCAAGUGUGGGAAGGGAUUCACUUGUUCAUCCCACUUGCUGAAACAUCAGUGGGUUCACACUGGGGAGAGGCCGUUCACCUGCCAUGAGUGUGGGAAGGGAUUCACUACCUCAUCCAUCCUGCUGAUACACCAGCGAGUUCACACUGGAGAGAGACCGUUCAUCUGCUCCGAGUGUGGAAAGGGAUUCCCUACUUCAUCCACCCUGCUGAAACACCAGCGAGUUCACACUGGGGAGAGACCAUUCGCCUGCACUGAGUGUGGAAAGGGAUUCACUGAUUCAUCCGACUUGCUGAAACACCAGCGAAUUCACAAUGAGGAGAGGCCAUUCACCUGCUCCGAGUGUGGGAAGGGAUUCACUCAAUCAUCCACCCUGCUGAAACACCAGCGAGGUCACACCGGGGAGAGGCCAUUCACCUGCUCUGAGUGUGGGAAGGGAUUCACUCAGUCAUUCAUUCUGCUAAAACACCAGCGAGUUCACACUGGGGAGAGGCCGUUCACCUGCUCCAGUUGUGGGAAGGGAUUUACUGAUUCAUCGACCUUGCUGAGACACCAGAGAGUUCACACUGGGGAGAGGCCAUUCACUUGCUCUGUGUGUGGGAAGGGAUUCACUCAGUCAUCCAACUUGGUGAAACACCAGCGGGUUCACACUGGGGAGAGGCCGUUUAUUUGCUCCAAGUGUGGGAAGGGAUUUACUCAGUCAUCUCACCUGCUGAAACAUCAACAAGUGCACAAGUGACUGCAGUGAUUGGAUUUUGCAGUCAAUCACGGCCAGGACUGAACUAUAUUCAUUGGUGUCUGUUUCUGCUGAUGUUAAUAAACCCCAGCCCAGUUCAAGGUUAAUCUGUGGAUAAUAGCUAAAUAAAUUAGCUUUGUGUUAAA